AUGGUGUCUGCCUUUACCAUGUUGUGGGGUGCUGUCUUCCUCUUUCUCCAGUCACUGGCAAGUGGUGUAGAGCUGUCGGAGGUGAGAGACGAUGCAGCCCCAGUGCCAACGGGUAGACAACACCCAUUGUUGCAGAUUGCUGCGGAUUGUGUUGUUGUUAUGGUGGAGCACAAUCGCGCCUUGUUGCGGGAGGCGCGCGAGAUGAGUCGCGUCGGUGUGGCCGCGGAGGUACUGUGCGUCGCUUUGAACAACUAUGCGUGGCUGCAGCACUACAGCACGAAGAUUCUGAUGACUGACCGGGCGGCAGUAGCGGAACUUCUCUCGCAAUGCACGGCGGAUGCGCUGCAGGAUGUUGUGACUGGAUUUGUAGGGGAUGUGCAGUACGUCCUCGCGAUGUAUCUUGCGCCGCGCAGUACUGAGCGGCCGCGCAUAACGAGACGCGUACUGACCACUCGACUCCUUGCUGUCCGAAGCUUCUGCAGCAGUCUGGCGCGCUCGUUGCCACGACAAGAGAUCCUGUCUCUUGUCCUGGAGCGUGCUCUGCGGCCGGUGGCGGAGCAGCUGCUGGAAGAGAAGGAUCAGCAUGUGGUAGACUGGUCAAGCGGUAGCAACAGUGGUGGUGUUGCAGGCGCGUUGCACAGUGCGUCUUUAUCACCUGGUGCCCCGUUCAUUGGGGCCGUCGAGGAUGAGGAUGCGGACGGUGGUGAGGACAGCAUGACAAUGGCGCAACGGCUGACGGAGGCGCUGCGGAUAUUGGAGAGUGACGCCGCUUUCGGGUCUGUGCUGUGCCUUCAGAGCUCAUCAUUUUGCACCAUCCGUCGACUUCAGUCGAUAAUGGCUCCAUGA